GAGACUUUCCUGUCACUGGAUACUACUACUCCCAGCUCUCCUCAAAGCCGCUGGAGCAACCCUCUAGUCUUUAGUUUACAAGUGGCAAUUUGACUUGCUCUGCUGUACGUCAGGAGGGGAUGAGGAAAGUGUUGAAACGCCCCGGGGAUUAAGCGAUUGCAGUUUGAAAAAAAAAAAAAAAGCCAAACAAAUAAACAAAACCCACCCACCCUAAAAAACAUGGGGCUGAUGGAGAGAAUGAGGAAAGAAUGGUUCAUGUUCGGAAUAGUGCUGGCGAUCGCCGGAGCUAAACUGGAGCCGUCCGUUGGGGUGAAUGGGGGACCACUGAAGCCAGAAAUAACUGUAACCUACAUUGCUGUUGCAAUAAUAUUCUUUAACAGUGGACUGUCAUUAAAAACAGAGGAGCUGACCAGUGCUUUGAUGCAUAUUAAACUGCAUCUUUUUAUUCAGAUCUUUACACUUGCAUUCUUCCCAGCAACAAUAUGGCUUUUUCUUCAGCUUUUAUCAAUCACACCCAUCAAUGAAUGGCUUUUGAAAGGGUUGCAGACAGUAGGUUGCAUGCCUCCCCCUGUGUCUUCUGCAGUGAUUUUAACCAAGGCAGUUGGUGGAAAUGAGGCAGCUGCAAUAUUUAAUUCAGCCUUUGGAAGUUUUUUGGGCAUCGUUAUAACACCCCUGCUACUGCUGCUAUUUCUUGGUUCAUCCUCAUCUGUUCCUUUUAGAUCUAUUUUUUCUCAGCUUUUUAUGACUGUUGUGGUUCCCCUCAUUAUUGGACAGAUUGUUCGAAGAUACAUCAAGGAAUGGCUUGAAAGAAGAAAACCUCCUUUCGGGACUGUUAGCAGCAGUGUGCUCCUCAUGAUCAUCUACACAACAUUCUGUGACACGUUCUCUAAUCCAAAUAUUGACCUGGAUAAAUUCAGUCUUAUUGUCAUAGUGUUUAUAAUAUUUUCUAUUCAGCUGAGCUUUAUGCUUUUAACCUUCAUCUUUUCAACAAGGAAUAAUUCGGGUUUCACACCAGCAGACACAGUGGCUAUCAUUUUCUGUUCUACACAUAAAUCUCUCACAUUGGGAAUUCCGAUGCUGAAGAUAGUGUUUGCAGGCCAUGAGCAUCUCUCUUUAAUAUCCGUGCCCUUGCUCAUCUAUCACCCAGCGCAGAUCCUUCUGGGAAGCGUGCUGGUGCCAACAAUCAAGUCUUGGAUGGUGUCAAGGCAAAAGGGAGUGAAGUUGACGAGGCCACCGGUAUAACGAACGAGGUGUUCUUUGUGCAGCGAUGUAUAUAUGUACAGGCUUGGACAUACGAGUGGUUCUGAAGACUUGUUCUUGUGAAUGUUGCUUCAAUGCAUAUUUUAUUUUUUUACACAAAAAAAUAUACCUGCCUAAGUGCCUUAAAAUGCAUUUGAUAAGCAUUAUUCCCAAAGCCUACUAUGGGUUACUGCCAAGAGUAGUACAAAGUUUUGGAGUUAUUUUUUUUUUCCUCUCCUUAAUGCAGUGAACAGUCAUAGGAAGUGACGGAAAAAGUAACAUAAUUUCUUUGCACCACAUGUUGUGCAAUACCACUCUGUAAUCGUUACUAUACUGCUUCAAAUGAGGUCACACCAUCAGGAAAAUGUCCUACUGAUGACAAUGAAAUGUUCCAAAGCCUUAGUCAUGAAAACGUUGAUUUGCUGUGUUGAAUCUUUGUUGUUUUUUUACAACAGCCACAUGCCUCUUUCUUAUCAACUCUGCAGGGGUCAGAGAUGGACUAGAUGCUGAAAAGUUAUCUUCAUUCCUUGACAUCAUUCCUUCAAAUA